AUGUUGCAUUCUCUGUGGCUCGUGCUCGCGAGUUGCCUCCUAGUUGCCUACUGUGCGAAGCGGCGUGACGACAACGAAACGCUUUUCCUGUCACUCCUCGAAUUGGGUGUGAAAGAAGAUGACGCGGCCCGGAUGGCCCAGGAGCCUUGCCAGUCCAAGGGGUUCUUUUGUGAUGAAGAGGAGAUCGUUGGGCUGGUGAUGACCGGUUGGAAACUGGGGGGUCGAAUUCCUAAAGGAUUGAGACACCUGUCGAGAUUGGAAGGCAUUUUCCUGGAGCGGAAUCAUCUCCAGGGCGGAAUCCCCGCAGAGCUGAGCGAAUUGAUGUUCCUGCGCUUCCUGAUCUUGUCCGAAAACCAGCUGUCUGGGGCCAUCCCCACAGAGCUUCAAGCUUUGAAGAAUCUGCGCAAGCUCGACCUCUUCAAGAACCAGCUGACGGGUCCCAUCCCACCCGAACUUGGCACUUUGUCGGAGCUUCAAGUCUGCAUGCUGUCGGAGAACCAGCUGACCGGCACCAUUCCCAAGGAGUUUUGCCAGCUUCAUGGCUUGCACACGCUUGACCUUUCUCAGAACCCGCUCAGUGGAGAGAUUCCCAAGGAGCUUGGGAAGCUCGAGGCGAUGGAAAGGCUUUACAUUUCUGGAACUCACAUUUCUGGCCCAAUCCCGAGAGAGCUAAGCCAGAUGCACUCUUUGAUCUAUCUUUUUCUGCCUGACAAUGACCUCGAGGGCCCGAUGCCCGGGGAGUUAGGCCGACUGCAGCUGCUUCAAGAGCUGCAUUUGUCACAGAAUCGACUUUCGGGCGCAAUCCCCAAAGAGCUUGGGCAGAUGGAAACUCUACAAAAGCUGGAGCUGUCGGCGAAUCAGUUGGAGGGCGAAAUCCCUAAAGAGCUGGGCCAGUUGAAGAGCUUGCGAAUGCUGAGCCUUGCCCAGAAUCGGCUCCAGGGACGAAUUCCACAAGAGUUGGAGCAGCUUCGCUUUUUGCAAGAGCUCAUCCUUUCAAAGAACGAGCUUCAAGGAAGCAGCGAAGAGAUUGCGUCCAUCUUGCAGUCCAUGCGUCUAGAGGUCCUGGAUCUCGGCCAUAACUCUUUCGCUGGAGAGCUGAACGAAUGGAGAGCUGAAGUCGUUCAAGAGCUCCAACUCUUAGAUUUGAGCCAUAACAAGUUUUUCGGAAACCUCUCCAGAUUUGUCGAGAUCUUUUGCAGCCUAAGCCCACCUGGUGGCUCCCUGCUCGAACUUCGCCUCAACCACAAUCGCUUCACAGGUGAAAUGCCACCAUGCUUGAUGCAAUUCAGCAACUUGAACUUUCUCGCGCUGAACAACAAUCGUUUGCGUGGCUCACUUCCUCCAAUCCAUGCUUCUGAGCUUGUGGUACUGGCCUUGCACAAGAACAAGUUGUCAGGAGUGCUUCCAGAGAGUUUGCAUCAUCUCAAGCGCCUUGGCGUGCUCACGCUCCACGAGAACUCCAUUGGGGGUCCCAUCUCAGGACUUAAUUUGAGCACCGCAUGUAUGGACAACUCCAAAUUCCGGAUUGAAGGGAUGGGUUGUGUAAGGCUGAGAGCACUGGUGGAGGAGAAGGGCUUGAAGCUGCAUCAUAUUGAUCCACAUGACCCCGUUCAUCAGCUCAAGCAGAUCUAUGCCAACUGUCCCACUUUGAUGGGUUGCGACCGAGCUGGUACCGCCAACCUGACCUUGCACAGGAACCGUUUCUCCUGUGCUGUUCCAAAGAGUCUGGGUUCCAGCAAGAUCUCUGGCUUGGUCAUCAUGGGUAACAUGCUGGGCUCUGGCAGAGAGCUGAAUUUCUCUUGGAUACGCCCCGAGGAGAAACAGUCCUUCCUUUACUAUUCCAAAGAGGUUUGGACGUCCAACCAAGUGGUCAUCGCUGGAUUUGUGCUUUUAUUCUUCUUUGGUGCGUUGUGUUACCAGCCACGGCAAAGGCUUGAGGCAAGCUCCCCUCAUUUGAACUUUGGCACAGGUGCCCGAGUUGCUUCCGCCAACUUGGGUGUGUUGAAAAGCGCUCGUAUCACCACUCUGCUGGCUCUCCCACUGCUUUUAUUAUUCUGGGCGAGUGGCAACUACUACGAGUGCAGCCCACUUUUGUGGCAAAGCACUGCGGCCAACUCUUCAGUCGAGCCUUUGGCCGGGCUGGGUGUGAUCAGCUGUUGGUGUACAAUGCUCUUCCUCUUCCGGACGCUCUUCGCCAGCAUGCCCAUGCGUCAGAAAGAGAGGCAACGGAGAUCCACCCGCCACGGAUGUGUGUGGAGAAUUCGUCGACUUUUGGCCUGGGGUUGUUGGGUGUGCAUUGUGACGGCUCUUUCCUUGCCAUCCAUUCUCUUUUCAUGUGCCCAGUCCUUGCCCGGAAAUGGACACAGGGACACAUCAGGCAGUGAUUUCAUGUUCAAACUUGUGUAUCAUGCUACACCGCUCUUGAUUGUUGUGAUCGAUGUGGUCUUGGCAGCAAAGCUCUCGACCAAGUACUGCGAUUUCUCUGGAAUAAAAGCAGACAGAUUGUUGAUGACUUUUCGUUUGUUUGCCGCGUGGCUCCUGCCGUUGCUCAUCACGGUGGUGCUGGAUGAAAACUGCCUUUCGGUCUGGAAGAUGACUUGGUCUGUUUGCCAACCAGGAUCCCCAGAGCACAAGUACUUCGAUUGGAAUAUCUAUGAGGAAGAAAUCCUUGACACUGACAGGGACAUCUGCACCUUGAGCCAAUCUUGGUGGUCUGAUGGCCGCUGCAGCCGUGCCAUUGUAGGGAAUUUAACCUCCUUGCUGCUACAAAAACUGCUUGUACGUAGCACACUGUACCCAUUGGCCUUGUGGCUGACGUGGCAAGGUUCACGCUUAGAGGAAGCAGGAACCGAAUGCCAUUCUGGACGUCAUCUGAAGCUGUUUGGGUUUAACACUACGAACGCUUUGGCACCAUUGCAGCAGAUGUCCUUUCUAACCACGCAGUUUGAACUCUUAGCUUUUUGGACCCCCUUGGUGCCCCUACUAAGCUUCGGCGUCCUGGGUGUGGCCUCCGCGAACCUGUUGAUUUUGGAUUUGGCACUCUGGAGCUUCAGGAUCCAGCUCCCUUCCAACGAAGUAAACCAGCUGGCAGCCUUGUCCAGGUCAUACUUGAGUUUUGCACAUAGUGCUGGCUGUUGCUUCCAGCUCUGGCAUGCUUUUGGUUCCCAAAUGUAUGGACGCUACAUCUUGCUGAUCUUCAGCAUUGCAGUGAUGAACCCCUGGGCGACACGAUUCUUGCCCUUAAAAGCGGCUAGGCGCUAUUUCUGGGCAGAGGUGGAGAAAGCCAGCCAGACGGAGUUCAUUGAGAUGGCUGUGCAGAUGGAUGAACCAGCUGGCUCGGUCCACUUUUAG